UGCAACCGGUGGACGCUGCAGACGCAGGUGAUUUGGAAUCUUCAUUGGCGUAGAAUAAGCAGAUUACGUGCCCAAUAAAAGUGGAUCCAGCACACGAAUUGCUCACGUCCUUCUAUUCUCAAUAGAAAGGUUCAAUAUGUUGGGGAGCUUGUUGGUUGCUUUGUUCUGUGGAACCACUCUGGCCCUUAUUGAUCCUGAUCUUGAUGAAUAUUGGAUGGUUUGGAAGAAGACUUAUGAUAAAGUCUAUCCCCACAAGUUUGAGGAGCUAAAAAGGCGCAGUAUUUGGGAGGACCGUUUCAAUAUGAUUGAGCAACACAACAUGGAGUCGUCCCUUGGCGUUCACUCAUACCAGCUGGGCAUGAACCAUUUGGGUGACUUGGCAUCAGGGGAGCUUAUUGCCAUGCUCACCAGCACUCUGGAACCACGGGAACUGGACUUGGGCCCACGCAAACGGCCUCUACUGCUCCAGAGGCCCCUGCCAGAGGCUGUCGAUUGGAGGACCAAAGGUUUCGUGACUGAAGUGAAGAUGCAGGGAAACUGUGGUUCUUGUUGGGCCUUCAGUGCUGUUGGCGCUUUGGAGGGGCAGCUGAAGAAGACCUCUGGAUCGUUGGUGUCACUGAGCGCUCAGAACCUGGUGGACUGUGCUACAAAGUACAGGACCUAUGGCUGUCAUGGUGGCUUCAUGACCAAUGCCUUCCGAUAUGUGAUCGACAACCAAGGCAUUGACUCAGAGAAGGACUAUCCAUAUGAGGGCAGAGUAGGUUUUUUUUCUUUUUUUUUUUUUUUUUCCCCCUUUGCCUCCCUAACCACCUAUCCAGAUUCACAUGGAGCUGAAGGCCGGUGUCGUUAUAACCCCAGUUAUCGAGCGGCUAACUGCACCAGCUACAACUGCCUACCAAAGGGGGAUGAACAGGCACUCAUGGAGGCGGUCGCCCACAUCGGCCCAGUUGCUGUUGCUAUUGAUGCCUCUCUGCUGACGUUCAUGUUUUACCGCAGUGGAGUGUACAGGGAUCCAGCGUGUUCCCAAAAUGUCAACCAUGGAGUGCUGUUGGUAGGCUAUGGCACCCUUGGAGGACAUGACUACUGGCUGGUUAAAAACAGCUGGGGCAAACACUAUGGCGAAAGGGGCUACAUCAAGAUUGCAAGGAACGAUGACAAUGAGUGUGGCAUUGCCCUCUUCCCCUGUUACCCUAUUAUGUGAGCUUAAAGAAAAGCAAUUAUUGUAUUGUCUAACAUUUUAAACAUUUUGAAUAAAUAUUUUUUUUACCUGUG